GUCAAGAAAUGCAAGAUUCUGGGAUUGAGUUCGACCUCCCUAGUCAACUUGAGGCCGACUCACUCACUGAAGAUGGAAAUUUCUACGCGUUGAAGAGCAAAGUCAUCGGAGGAAGCCCGAAGGUAGAACUGAAACAUGUGAACAUGCCUCUUCGGGCAAACCUGAGGUUGCAGCUUCAGCGUGCGCAACUGGCCGAGGAGGUAGAGAGGGAGAAAGAUAUAUCUCACUUAUCACAGUCCCAUCGUCCUGUCUCCUCCACCAAACCUCAGGUCAUCCAAGUCCCCUUGUCCCAGUCCCUCAACUCCAGCGAAGUCCCAGUUCAAAUCCUCAAGGUUCAAACCAAACUGAAGAAUCCCACCCAGUUCCAUGUACAGGAGAGCAAAAAACGACAGAUCCAGGCAUUCCUGAGUAAGUCCCUGGACAGUUCGGCGGCAGUACAAUCUCUUCCCAAUAUUUCCACGAUGACCAUUAACACCAAUGAUCUAGGCCUUAGCGGGAGUGCACCAGUGGUUGACCCGGACAGUCCACUGUCCAUGGGACUAUGCAGUUCUGCUACCAGUGUUUCUGAUAUGGACAACCUCCUAAGUGAUAUUAUCAGUUUAGAAUCUGUCGACGCCUCUGUAGAUCAUGAUCUCAACUUCAUAGAGCCAUCUCUCACACAAAUAUCAUCUACGCUUCCACAGUCUAAUAUGGUAAGCACAGUGCACGAGGUAAACAAGGCAGCCGAAUCUUCUACUUCCUGUCCGGCAGCAUUCAGAAGGGCAGAAACACCACCGUUUAUGACAGAGGAAGAAUCCCGCUUAUGGCAGAAAGACAGACAGAAAAAAGACAACCACAAUAUGAUUGAGAGAAGAAGACGGUUUAACAUAAAUGACAGAAUAAAAGAGCUUGGGACCCUGCUACCCAAGACACUUGAUCCGGACCUGCGUCAAAAUAAAGGCACUAUCCUUAAGGCGUCGGUGGAUUACAUCAGGAGGUUGAAGAAAGACCAAGAAAGGAAUAGACAGCUGGAAGAACGGCAGCGCGGAUUGGAACAAACUAACAGAAAGAUGCUUCUCCGCAUUCAACAAUUGGAGCUACUCAUGCAAGCACAUGGUCUUAACAGUGGCAUGCAGGAUGACAUAGACAAUUUUAUAAUGCAAAGCAAUGCAUCCAACCAGAUUCAACAGCAGCAAAAUAUCACAAUGACUCUGACCAACACGCAAAGCCUGUCACCUGCUGUUACUGUGGCCCCUGUAGAAACACUAAGUCACACAAAUAGUUUACUGGACGAUUUAAUGGACGAUACCUCCCCUUUGGGAAUAGAUCCCAUGUUAUCCUCGUCACCGGUCAGUCCCAACCAAAUGGAUGACACCGAUGAUUUGUGAUCUACUUUGUAAAUUCAGAAUUUUCAUAUAUCCAUUUGACUCACAAUAACCAUAAUGCCACACCGUGAUUUCUGGUAGACAGAGGUUUUAUCUGUCCUGAAAGUUUCCUACAACGGCAAUUUUGACACAGAGCAAGUUUGUAGAACCACUCUUAUUCCAGUAAGCGUGCUGUAAGAAUAAGUUCAGAUGUGAAAAGGAAGUUAGAAGUGAAUACUGAGAUAAUCAAACACGAGGUGCAGUGUUUUGUAGUGUGUUGUUACCUGAUAAGAGAAAUGUUUUUAUAAAUGCGUGUUAAAAAUGAUUGCUUGUUACAUGUUAUCUUCACGUUGUAAACUUCCGCAAGAAAUCAUUGUUGUAUAAGAAUUGAAGAAUUAAACCAUUUAAUAUGAGUUGAUGUGCGCUGAAAGUAUUUGAUGUUUGUAAUGAAUAAUCAUAAAAAUGAUGUAUGUUUUUUUGGAAAUAUGUUCCAUAAAAUCUAAGAUACAGGUGCACCCUAGAUUAUUGUAUGUGAACAUAAGGACAUGUGUACUUGUAAACUUUAGGGACACAUGUACAGGUUAACUGUAGGAACAAGAGCAAAGGUAAAAUGUAGGGACAUGUGUACAGGUUAACUGUAGGAACACGAGCAAAGGUAAAAUGUAGGGACAUGAGUAAGGGUAAACUGUUGGGACAUGAGUACAGGUUAACUGUAGGAACAAGAGCAAAGGUAAAAUGUAGGGACAUGUGUACAGGUUAACUGUAGGAACACGAGCAAAGUUAAAAUGUAGGGACAUGAGUAAGGGUAAACUGUUGGGACAUGAGUACAGGUAAAAUGUAUGGACUCUUGUACAGAUUUACUGUAGGUACAUGUGUACAGGUAGACUAUUGGGAUGUGUUACAUGUAGACUAUAGGGACAUGUGUACAGGUAGACUAUAGGGACAUGUGUACAGGUAGACUAUAGGGAUGUGUACAGGUAAAUUGUUGGGACAUGUGAACAGAUAAACUGUGGGGACAUGUGUUACUGGUAAACUGUAGGGACAUGUGUUACAGGUAAAUUGUUAGGACAUGUGUUACAGGAAACGAGAGACAUGUACAAAAACAUGCAGUAUUCUGGCUAUAACACUGUCAGGUCUAAUACAUUCAUGCUGUCAGUUGUACUACUACCAUGAGCCAGGAUAAUCUGAAGUUGCCCAUAUACAUACCUUUAACCUUUAAAGACCAUUUCAGGCAGGUUAUUUGAUAAAGCUUACUGGUGUUCUGAGACUUCUAGAUUGACUGUCACUUCAGCAGGGGAAAAGAUUUUUACAUUACCUGUACAAGGUGCAGGUUUGGAAAUGUGAUUUAUCUGCAAGAAUUUGUUGUUAUAUUUUUUUCUCUUUGUUGUUUAAGUUGUUUCAUGAUGCAUUAUUAAAGGGAGUUAAUAAGUUGGAAGAGGAUACUUUUUAUGCUAAGAGCAUUCUUCAGCAUGUUUUUUUUUUUUUGUGAGAGAACUUUCUUCAGUUCACUGGAUUUUAUGGAUACAAGACAAGAUCUCCAGAUAUAUUCAGCUUGGUAUUUUAGUGUAUGGUGAUAUUUCUUGUUUGCUUUGGCCACCACCAAAGAUAUGCCACCUAUUUGCAUGUAUAUUUAUAUAUUAUGUUUAUACUGAGAGAGAAAAAAAAAGAAAGAAAAAAGUUCUGUAACGUGUCAAAGAGAAGUAGAGUGCUUGGGACGAUUAUCAUGAAUAUAGUCUCUGGUCAUAAUUGUUGUUACUGAAUGAGAAUAAUGUUGAACUCGCAGAUUUUCAAUCAUUUUCUUUAGGAAAUUUCUUCGAAUUUCAUACGUUUUUAAUUUCGUGUAUAGGAAAGCACAAUACAAUUUUUUUUAAAAAAUUUCAUUAUUUUUGAGAUGUAGUAAGAGUUUCAUGUGGAGAGGCAUUAGAGUGGAAGAAGUUCCUUAAGGUCAGAAAUUUGUGGAGACUAAGGUCAGAUACUUUGAAUACCAUUGUAAUGUAUAUUACAUCAAAACCUUUGUUUGAUAUGCGUUGUUUCAUGAAAAAAAAAUACAUUGUUAUGUGUACAAAUAGUUGUAAACCAUCUCUUACAACAGUUGUUUGUUAUGGUUAACUGUGUUGUCUUAUAAACAAUACACAUGUUGAUUGUUUAUUUUUUACAUUCUUAAUUGAUAGAUAACUUAAGCCUUUUUUUUUUGUUUUUUUUUUAAUGUCAAUUAUUUUUUGAAGUGUGACAAAAUUUGAAUUUGAGAUUAAAUAUUCUUGUUAAUUUUUUUUAAAGUAAGCAUGCAAAAUAUCUUGCAUGGUACCUAUGGUAGAGAAGUAACAGUGUUAUUCCGAAAAUAACUUGCUCCUGAAUGAUAACAUUAAUAGAAUGUACUGACUGGUGAUCAGAUAACUAUAGACCUGCAAACAUUGACGGUGUAGUUAAUUAUUGAGAUAGAUUUUAAACUUCUACCUUGGGACAAGGUGAGAUAGAUUUUAAACUCCUACCUUGGGCCAAGGUGUGUAGUUAAUUAUUGAGAUAGAUUUUAAACUCCUCUCUUGGGCCACGGUGAGAAAGAUUUUAACUCCUACCUUGGGCCACGGUGAGAAAGAUUUUAACUCCUACCUUGGGCCACGGUGAGAUGGAUUUUAACUCCUACCUUGGGCCAUGGUGAGAUGGAUUUUAAUUUCCUACCUUGGGCCACGGUGAGAUGGAUUUUAAUUUCCUACCUUGGGCCACGGUGAGAUGGAUUUUAACUCCUACCUUGGGCCACGGUGAGAAAGAUUUUAACUCCUACCUUGGGCCACGGUGAGAUGGAUUUUAACUCCUACCUUGGGCCACGGUGAGAUGGAUUUAAAUUUCCUACCUUGGGCCACGGUGAGAUGGAUUUUAACUCCUACCUUGGGCCACGGCAAGGUGGAUUUUAAUUUCCUACCUUGGGCCACGGUGAGAUGGAUUUUAAUUUCCUACCUUGGGCCACGGUGAGACGGAUUUUAAUUUCCUACCUUGGGCCACAUAAUUUCAUGUACAUUAUUAUUGAACAAUAAAUUUGAAAGGAUUGGAAUUCAGAAAAAAAAAUUUGAUGGCAACAUUAUUUUUUUUUUCUUCAGAAUUUGCAUUCACAAUAUAUAUUUAUUUGUCUCCUUCCCAAACAUGUUUAAAAAAUUAUUAUACCAUGAGGUUCAUUGGUAUUUUGAUAUUGACCAGUCUGUAAAUAUUUGUGUUUAUAUGUAUAUAAGGCUACAUUGUUGUAAUAUAUUACAAAUUUCUAUUUUUAUAACCA